CUGAGCGCCCGCAGCGCCCGCGCCCCCCGCCAUGGAGCGCAUCCCCAGCGCGCAGCCCCCGCCCGGCUGCCUGGGCAAACUGCCCGCCCUGGAGAGCGGAGACCUGCCGGGGCUGGACUUCGCGCACAUGUACCAGGUGUACAAACCCCGGAGGGGCUUAAAGAGGAGCGAGGACAACAAGGAAACCUACAAGCUGCCGCACCGGCUGAUCGAGAAGAAGAGGCGCGACAGGAUCAACGAGUGCAUCGCGCAGCUGAAGGACCUGCUGCCCGAGCACCUCAAGCUGACGACUCUAGGUCACCUGGAGAAGGCUGUGGUUCUGGAGCUCACCUUGAAGCACGUGAAGGCACUGACCAAUCUCAUCGAGCAGCAGCAGCAGAAGAUCAUUGCUUUGCAGAACGGUUUGCAGGCGGGUGACCUGUCAUCGAGAAACCUUGAUUCCAGCCAGGAAAUGUUUCGAUCCGGUUUCCAGAUGUGUGCCAAGGAAAUGCUGCAAUACCUGGCAAAGCACGAGAACGGCAAGGAGCUGAAGUCGUCGCAGCUGGUCAGCCACCUGCACCGGAUGGCCAGCGAGGUGCUGCAGGGCGGGGCCGCCCGCAAGGCCGGGGACAUCCCUCCCAAGCUGGUGGACUUGAAGGAGAAGCCGGCGCCCCUGGGCGCGGCGGGCGAGGGCCACGGGAAGAACUGCGUGCCCGUGAUCCAGCGGACAUUCGCUCACUCCAGCGGGGAGCAGAGCGGCAGCGACACGGACACGGACAGCGGGUACGGGGGAGAGCUGGAGAAAAGUGACUCCAAAUCGGAACAGCCCUAUUUCAAAAAGGAUACCGACCUCAAAUACACUGUCCAGGAGAGAAUAAGCUCUAUUAAGCAAGAGACUGAGGACCCGCCUGCCAAAAGGAGCAGGCUGGAGUCGCCGCAGGACGAGGGCCCUUUUGGCAGUGACAUGAUGGGCUCUUCCAGCAGCUUCCUGGGCCCCCACGCUCACCAGCCUCCCCUGUGCCUGCCUUUCUACCUGAUCCCGCCGUCCGCCACCGCCUACCUGCCCAUGCUGGAGAAGUGCUGGUACCCAGCCUCGGUGCCCGUGCUGUACCCCAGCCUGCCGGCCUCUGCCGCGGCGCUGACGGGCUUCAUGAACCCCGACAAAAUCUCCCCCCCUCUGCUGAUGCCCCAGAGACUCCCUUCUCCUGUACCGGCCCAUUCCCCCAUCGACUCCUCGGCUCUGCUUCAAGCUUUGAAGCAGAUUCCUCCUUUGAACUUGGAAACCAAAGACUGAGCGCAGUGUGACUGGUUUUUCUCUUCUUUUUUUCUUUUUUUUGUUUUUUUUUUAGUUUGAGAGACUGUUUCACUUUUAUAUAUUGGCUGGACUGAGGUGUGGGGACGAGGUUCACUGUGCGUAG